AUGGCAGCGAGUGCGGAUGCUGGGACUAGCGAGAUGGAGCACAUCUCGCAACUGUUCCCAUUGGCCUUCCCUAUCCCUUCGCCAACCACGCAUGAAUCACUGAUCCCCCAUGAUGAUCUCAUUUUGGAGCAGGAAUUGCUACGCAACCCUGACAACUUGCGCACUUGGCUUGCUUACAUUUCGCAUGUAGAAGAAGUGAACUUCGCGAAGCGGCCAACACCGGACGCUUGGGUUUCGUCGGAGGGCGUGAAAUUGCUGGGAUUCCUGUCUGAUGCAUCUCAGCGCCUGGCUCUGCAGCGCAUUGUCAGUCUGUAUGAACGUGCCCUGGCUGUCUUCCCUACAUCGUACAAGCUGUGGCAUCGAUACUUAAAUGCGCGUGCACGCUUUGUGCUAGGUGAUCCACGCGAAGGUGCUGAGGCACAUCGCCGACGUGUGCUGCAGUCCACGAACACCUCGCUGGAGAUGGGACCCACGUUGCUCGAUAUGCGCAAAGACGAAGAAGGGCAAGAUGCUUGGAAUUACGCGCUGGACGGCGUGCUGGGAUGGAAAGAGUGGCGUAGCUUGGCGGCCGCCUACGAGCGCGCGCUAGCGUGGCUGCCUACGAUGCCGAGAUUGUGGCUCGAUUAUUUGGGCCUGUUUGUGCAUCCCUACUGCUCGCCCAUUCUUUCACGUACCCAUGCACGCCGUACCUUUGACCGUGCAUUGCGUACCCUCCCAGGGUCGCUUCACUUGCGUAUUUGGAAGAUGUACCUGCGAUGGGCAGAGCUAUGUGGUGGCGAGACGGCCCGGCGCGUAUGGCGUCGCUACUUGCAAGUGGAUCCAAGCCUCUCGGAGCGAUACGUGGCUUUGCUGCUGGAGCCGAUGACAGAGAUGCGUUAUGCCGAUGGCCAUCAAAGCAGUCUAUCGAGACCAUCUACUUCAAAAGCGGCCGAGGCCGAAGACGAAGAGGAUGACGAGGAACUGAGUAUCACAGCGCAGGAACGCAUCUUGGAAGCGGCCAAACUCCUACUUCGUCUUGCACGGCAGGCUUUGCAUGGAUCGUACACCAGUCCAGAUGGGAAGAGUCCCUAUCAUUUGCUCAUGGAAUGGCUGGAGCUGACGGAAAAGCACCCGACGGCUAUCGGCCUCUCGAACGACGAAGAAGCAGCCCUCCCCGCACGCCAGCCAGAUGAUACGGCACCGGCUGCUGAGACGGAUUUGCUCGAUACAUCGCGCUUACCUGUUCGGCAGGUUGUGACGUGCGAUGGUCUCGCGCGCUUCCCUGAUCAAUCUGGGCGUUUGUGGACGGGCCUUGCGACCUAUUAUAUCAAGCGUGGGGACUUGGCGACAGCGCAGGACAUUUUUGAGACAGGCUUGACGACCGUGCUCACUGUGCGUGACUUUACCCAGAUCUUUGAUGCGUACGCUGAGACGAGUGAAAAUAUCAUUACGUUCAUGAUGGAAGAGCUGGAAGAGGACGAGGACGAUGAAGACGAGGAAGGACCAUCCAAGGCCGAGCAGGAAGCUGAAAUUGAUCAGCGUAUGCAAGCAUUUGAGGCAUUGAUGGAACGGCGGCCGUUCCUAGUGAACGAUGUACUAUUGCGUCGAAACCCCAACGAUGUACAGGAAUGGGAAAAGCGCGUAGCGUUGUGGGGCGAGAACGACGAGAAAGUCGUGGAGACGUACCAACAAGCUAUAAGCACGAUUGACCCACGCAAAGCCACAGCGAAUUUGCACCAGUUGUAUAUCCACUUUGCGCAGUUCUACGAAGAAGGCGGCUCGACAGGCCGUGCGCAGCCCGACAAGGCUGAGCGCGAUGUCACGAGCGCUCGCGCGAUUUACGAACGUGCAAUCAAAGUGCCCUACAAGCGUGUGGAUGAUCUCGCCGAGGUCUGGUGCAGCUGGGCCGAAAUGGAGGUGCGGAACAGCAACUACGACGAGGCGUUGCGUAUCAUGUCGCGAGCCACCAGUGUGCCCAACAGCUACAAAAAGAUCCGCAGUAUUUCGUACUACGAUGACACCCUGCCACCACAAAGCCGCUUGUUCAAGAGCCUCAAGCUGUGGGCCUUUUACACGGACCUCGAAGAGGCGCUGGGUACGAUGGAAAGUGCCAAGCAUGCAUUUGAUCGCAUUAUGGAGCUGAAGAUUGCGAAUGCACAGACGAUCAUCAACUUUGCGCAGUUCCUCGAAGAGCAGCAGUACUUUGAAGAGGCGUUCAAGGUCUACGAGCGUGGCGUGGAACUGUUUACGUACCCUGUUGCCUUUGAGUUGUGGAAUGUAUACCUAAGCAAGUUCGUGGCAAGGUACGGUGGUAGCAAGCUUGAGCGGACGCGCGACUUGUUCGAGCAGGCGCUGGCCAAGUGCCCUCCUACGCUGUGCAAACCGCUGUACCUCAAGUACGGCGAGCUGGAAGAAGAGCAUGGACUGGUCCGCAAAGCCAUGAGCAUUUACGAGCGUGCGACGAAAGCCGUUACAGAGGACGAUCGCUACGAAAUGUACCUGUACUAUGUGGCGAAAGCGGCUGCCAACUAUGGCCUCGCCGCAACGCGACCCAUCUACGAGCAGGCCAUCGAAGUGCUGCCUGACCGCCAGGCGGCGCAGAUGUGCUUGCGGUUCGCGACGCUCGAACGCAAACUGGGCGAAAUGGAGCGUGCACGUGCCAUUUACGCCCAUGCGUCGCAGUUCUGCAAUCCCAAGACACAGCCGGCAUUCUGGCAGGAAUGGAAUGCCUUUGAAAUUGAGAACGGUACGGAAGAUACAUUCCGUGAUAUGCUGCGUAUCAAGCGGUCUGUGCAGGCGCAGUACAACACCGACAUGGCCAACGUCGCAGCCUCGGUUCUUGCGCCCUCCACAGCAGAACCUGUGGUAGCCAGCGAUCCGAUGGCAAUGCUGGAGGCGCAAAAGGCUGCGUCAGCGCCAUCAUCACAAGCUCCUUCGUUUGUCGCGGCGUCGCAUGUGUCCAAGCCAGCGGCUCUCACGACCAACACAGAGAAGGUCGGCGAGGCCGACGAGGACGAGGACCUUUUGUAG